AUGAAGCCAAGAAGGACCACCAAGUGCCAGAUACGAUUGGAAUCUCCCAUCCCGAAUAAGGGUCUUAUGGAAAAUCCACCAACAGAUACACCUCCUCCUGUUCUAAAGCGAAAUUCAGCUGAUAUGAGAUGGAUUUACGGAGUUUUGUGUGAUCCUAGAAGUCCAGACAAAGUGAAAUGCACGUUGUGUGGGAAAGAGUUCUCUGGUGGUGUUUACAGAAUGAAGGAACWCAUAGCUCAUAUGAAGGGAAAUGUCUCUUCUUGUCCACGUUCAACUAAAGAGGAUCAAGAGARGUGUAAGAAGGCAAUUCUUGAAGCAAAAAACAAGAAAGGUCUGAAGAGGAAACAUGAGGAAGAUAUGAGGGCAGAGGUUAAUAUAAGUAAAGACAGCAUCAUUGAGCARCUGGAAAGAGAACUUGGAACUCUUAAAACUCCUCACUUCCAAGGUCCGAUUGAUCAAUUUGCCACCAUCAUUAACCCUGAAGCUUCRUUGGSUGCACAAAAAYGGCAACAGAAUAUCCAUGAUGCUAUUUGGAAGGGGAAGACACAUGCUGAUGCUUCUAAGGAUUCUCACACGGGUGAGUAUAUCUUCAACUACAUUGACAAGUGCAUUGAAGAUUUAGGGGCAGAGAAGAUUGUGCAAGUGGUGACAGAUAAUGCUACCAAUAACGUAUCAGCUGCAAGAUUGCUUAAAUAG